AUGGCGAGAGCAAUUAAUCACGAAAUUCUGUUGGCUCGAAAUGUUCAAAGCCUGUCCUUCUUUCCACUGCUAAGGGCCUACGGACUGGCUUAUGUCUCUACUACCGCACCCAGACUGCUGAAACUCCUCCUCCUUCUUUACAGAAAGAAGUCGGCAAGGGGCAACAUUUUCGCAUCAAUAUACUCCGUUCUGGCAGGAUCUUUUGCUGUUCGUAGAUUUCCCACCUUCUGUGCCGCGCUGGUAGGUGGUUACACCUUCCUACAAUGGCUUCUACGCCUACUGUUUGACUAUGCGUCUAUCCCUAGCAUGGGCAGAAAGGUACCAUCGAAACGCUUGCGCAAUGCGAGCCAUGCGGCAUCUCGGUUCUUGGCUGCGGUGAUCUCGGCUUGGUUCAGCUUGGACUUAUUGAACUACAAGGCCAUCGCCAAGGUUGACCGAAAGAAGUCAAAACAAGCUGCACAAGAUCAGCAACGACAUGUCGUCAACGAUACAGGUCCCACAUUGCAAACUGCCAAGAUCCUCGACUCGAAGAUUUCUCAGGCUUCUCCGCCUGUUUUGGCAGGCAAGACCGUAGAUCUCACUCUUUUAACCGUCACCCGCGCCCUUGAUAGUCUAGUCGUCAAUCUUUGUCGUCGCUCUCAUCCAUCACUUGCUAACACAGCAUCCGCCUCGUCAACCUUGACAGCCAUCUCUCGAUAUGCAGACACUUUCGUCUUCGCCCUAAGUUCCGGCACAGUGAUGUGGGCCUGGUUCUACCUUCCCGAUCGCCUGCCCCGAGCUUACAAUAAGUGGAUUGGUGAAGCCGCACAGGUUGAUCACCGCCUCAUUGAUGUCCUACGCAAAGCCCAUGCAGGAGAAUUCAUUUACGGUGAAGACACUGGUCAGGCUCAUAUACUACAAGGUAUGUGUAGCGACUAUGGCUGGCCUCUGGCCUGGGGCGAUCCCGUCAAGACGACUCCUAUUCCUUGCGAAAUUGUGCACAUGGGUACCGGCCCAUCUUGUCACUGGCACGCUGCUGUGCGGUUUUCGCGGGCGUUCCAAUUCGCAUUGGCGACGAACCUGCCGCUCCAGCUAUUAGUCAAAGCGAGGAACCCGUCUUUUAGAGCAUUUAGAAGGGCGUGUGAAGAAGCCGUGCGGUCUUCAGCAUUUUUGGGUGCGUUUGUCGGUCUCUUCUAUUAUGGCGUGUGUUUAUCACGCACUCGACUUGGACCUAGGAUCUUCAGCCGAGAGACGAUCACUCCUAUGAUGUGGGACUCAGGCCUCUGUGUCGGAACUGGGUGUGUGCUAUGCGGAUGGUCCACCUUGAUCGAAGCCGAAAAGCGGAGGAUGGAAUUAGCCUUAUUUGUCGCACCCAGGGCGUUGGCUACGCUUUUCCCAAGAGACUAUAAUGCUAAUCACUUUUGGAAAGAGAAGGCGGCAUUCUCUCUAAGCACGGCUGUGCUCUUCACCUUGGCUCAUGAAGAUUCUAGUAGGGUCAGAGGGGUUUUAGGUCGACUGAUUCAUUUAGUACUACAGUAA